AUGCUGGGACCAAACCAAACCACAGUAUCUGAAUUUAUACUCAUUGGAUUCUCACCAUUCCCCCAACUUCAGCUGCUGUUCUUUGUGCUCUUUCUGCUGAUGUAUUUAUUCACACUGCUGGGCAACCUUCUCAUCAUGUUGACUGUUUGGCAUGAACGGAAUCUCCAUAAACCCAUGUAUUUCUUCCUGUGCACUCUUUCGAUCUCAGAAAUUGCCUAUACCUUGGCUAUUAAUCCCCGCAUGCUUGCUGACUUAAUCUCCACUCACCACACCAUCUCCCUCUGGGGUUGUGCCAACCAGAUGUUUUUCACCUUUUCAUGUGGCCUCGCUCAUGCCUUCUUGCUCACCAUCAUGGGCUAUGACCGCUAUGUGGCCAUUUGUCAUCCUUUACGCUAUGGUGUGCUUAUGAGCUCACAGGGCUGUGCUUGGUUGGUGGCCUCCUCGUGGCUAAGUGGCAUAGUCAUGGGGCUAGUUAUCACUCUUCCUAUUUUUAGCUUGACCUUCUGUGGACCAAAUGAAAUCCAUCACUUCUUCUGCCAAGUACCUCCAUUGGUGAAGUUAGCCUGUGGAGAUGUCUCAGCAGUGGCCUUAGGGAUUGGGGUGGUUUACAUUAUAGUCCUGCUUGUCUGCUUCCUCCUUAUCCUCCUCUCUUAUAUUUUUAUCGUGGCCACCAUUUUGAAGAUCCCCUCAGCUGAGGGCCGCCACAAAGCCUUUUCCACCUGUGCCUCCCAUCUCAUUGUGGUGGUUAUACACUAUAGUUUUGCCUCUGUUGCACACCUUAAAGCCAAGGCCUUAGAAGCUCUGGAAGGGGAUACUCUGAUGGGCAUUUCCUACAGUGUUCUGACACCUUUCUUGAGUCCCAUCAUCUUCAGCCUGAGAAACAAGGAACUUAAGGAUGCCCUGAAAAAAGUCUUCCUAAGGAAUCUGUGCCCCUCAAGGUUGUGA